AGAAUGUAGCAGCAGAUCAAAGCAGAUGAUUCCCGCCGAUGAGAUCCGAAGAUUCUCGCAUUCCGAAGGAGAGCCACGGCGAGCGCGCACGAUGGAGAGCGCGCAUUAUCGAUCUCUCUCGUAGCUCCUCCUGCUGCUGAUCACACUUAAUAUACGGUCAUGUGGGCAAACAGCGUCCAGAAAGCCGCUAUAUAAACCUUCAGCUCAUCUGUCCGAGGACACUGACACUGCUUCGGGACACUUGAAGACUCUUGCGGCACAGCUGUCAUAAUGUCUCACGGAUGGGGAUACGCAGAACAUAACGGACCUGAGAAAUGGUGCGAUAACUUCCCCAUUGCUAACGGACCUCGCCAGUCCCCAAUAGACAUUCAAACCAGUGGAUCAUCCUAUGAUGAAUCCCUGAAAGCGCUUAAACUGCAGUACGACCCGUCCACCUCACUGGAUAUCCUGAAUAAUGGACACUCUUUCCAAGUGACCUUCGCCGAUAAUGACGACAGCUCAACUCUGACAGAAGGCCCAAUCUCAGGCAAAUACAGACUUAAGCAGUUCCACUUCCACUGGGGGGCCAGUGACGACAAGGGCUCUGAGCACACAGUCGAUGGGAAAUGCUACCCAGCCGAGCUCCAUCUGGUCCACUGGAACACAGAAUAUCCCAGCUUUGGGGAAGCAGCCAGUAAGCCUGAUGGUCUUGCUGUGGUUGGAGUUUUUCUGGAGACUGGUGCAGACAAUCCUAAUCUUCAGAAGCUUCUGGAUGCUAUGGAUGCGAUCAAGUGCAAGGGAAAGCAGACCUCAUUCACAAACUUUGACCCAACCAUCCUGCUCCCGGAGUCUCUGGAUUACUGGACGUACCUGGGCUCUCUGACCACCCCUCCUCUACUCGAAAGCGUCACAUGGAUCGUCUGCAAGCAGUCAAUCAGCGUCAGCUCGGAGCAGAUGAAGAAAUUCCGAUCUCUGCUCUUUACUGCAGAGGAUGAGGAGGCCUGCUGCAUGGUGAACAACUAUCGCCCCCCUCAGCCUCUGAAAGGUCGUGAAGUCCGUGCAUCGUUCAAAUGAAGGACCCCCCGAAACCCUGUUCCUCCUCUUCCCUCCCCUCCCCUCUUUAGCAGGAUAUGCAAGCAUGGGGCCCCGGGUCAAGGGCCUCAAAGCACCUUCACCCUCCAUGCAGUGAUGCUGGGCAACCUGCCAGCUGUCCAGCAGACCAGAUGUGCUGUCUGGAGAGUAAAGAGGCUAUGCAGGGAAUCAUGUGUUUGUACCGUCCCUCUCUCUUCCUUUCUCCUUCAUUCAUUAGUGCAAAUGCUUGAAUUAUUUGGAUUUAGAAUAUGGUGCCAAUUUUGUAUGAAGCUCUGAUUUACAGGUGAUGCAUUGACAGACAAGAGAAGUAAUAUAUACAUGGGGUAUUUAAUAUGUAAAUGGGGUAUUUAAGUAUAUUUGUAUUGCUUUAGAGCAGAGAUGCCCAAAUCUGGACCCAGCUGGCCCGCGAUGACCUGAUUUGGCCCGCCGUAUUAUAUUUACAUUUGUGCAUUUUUUAAUAAUUUAUGAUUUUUUAAAAAUUAGUUCACGCAUUUUUUUUUAAAAAGGUUUAAAAUAUGUAAAUGAUUUAAUGCAUUUUAAUAUAAUAUACACUCUAAAAAUCAUAUUAAUUAUAUAAAGAUUGAAUAAAAUAAAUAAUUAUUAGAAUACAUUUGACCAGAAAAUACUUUAAUUUUAAAAAAUAUAUAUAUUUCACUAAUUUUUUCAUUUUUUUUUUUUUUUUGUAAUUAUUUGUGAAAUUUACGAGCAAUAUCUGAGCAGAAAUUGUUUCUACACCUUUUUUUUUUCAGAGUGGAUAGAUAAAAUGCAACAUUUACUUUUGGCUAACAGCCCUCAAUCAAGUUUGAUUUCUGCUCCUUUGUAUUAAAGUUUGGGUACCUCUGCUCUAGAGACUAGACCAGCAUCUCAGAUUAAAACGCAAAGGUACGGUACAUCGGCAGAUCCCCGAACAGAUGCCAUCUGUGCUGCUGUCCUUCCCUGCCAAGCUGUGUAAUCUCUGGCUGUCUCAGCAGUGCUGAAGCUUAAUGAAACCCAAUGCACACUGCUAUCAGGCUGCAAGAUCUAGAAAAUCCCCUAUGGUAAAUGAACACACGUGGCAAAAUAUCCAUGUGGACAUGCAGGGAAAUCACGCACAAAAUCUAGAACAUACUGUACAAUCAGAGCAGCUAUGAUUUUGAGUAUUUGUGCCUCAGAUUGUAAUUGCAUUUUCCCAUGUGUGUUUCUGAAAGAUGUCAUUUAAUAGCAAUUGAUAUGCACAAGUUUAAAAAUUGCUGUAGCAAUAAUUGCAUGAAACCCCUAUGUAAUACCUUAAUGUGACGUUUCUCAUUUAGUUUCGCUGAAUGCUAUGCUGUAAUUCAAAAGUCUCUUAAGCUGUAUUGCAAAGCGAUGCACAAGCAACACAGUGAGUCUUAAUAGAAGCCAAUACGCCAAUAGACAAAUCUUGCCGGUUAAGCAAGAAGGUCACCAUCGGCUCCUCAGAAGUACAGGGACCAGGGCUAAUGUCUAACGUUAUGUGUUUGUAAAGAAAACAGGUUUGAAAAUGUGUUAUUGAAUGUACUUUACUUGAAUUCGAGGGCUUUGUUAAGCAAUAUUGUUCAGCCAUACUCUGUUCUGCUAUUUUCAAAGAUGAUAUUUUAAGUAAAGAUAUUUUAUGCUUA